AGUGAUAAAACCAAUUACACUUUUCACAUUAAUUUUCAUAAACAUUUAUUAAAUAUACGCUACAAUUAAUUGCACAUUCAUGCAAACAUAGCUAAUUAAUUAAAAAAAUAAGAAACAUUACUAACACAAACUCAUUUUCCCAAGUAAAAGAAAACAACAAUAAAAACAUGAAGGAUGCUAAGAAUUUUCCGGCUUUAAAAAAUGAUAAUUUAUUGAGAGCGGCACGUGGUGAACCGGUUGAUCGUGUUCCGGUCUGGGUAAUGAGACAAGCCGGCCGCUAUUUACCUGAAUUUCAAGAAGUUCGCAAACAACAUGAUUUCUUUACUAUUUGUCGGACUCCAGAGUUGGCUUGUGAAGUUACUAUGCAACCUUUAAGAAGAUUUGAUUUGGACGCUUCCAUUAUAUUCUCAGAUAUUCUAGUAAUUCCCCAGGCUUUGGGUAUGACCGUUGAAAUGCAUCCGGGAGUGGGUCCCGUUUUUCCUGAACCUUUACAAACUCCUGCCGAUUUAUCUAAACUAACACCUGAAGGAGCCGUUAGUCGCUUAACUUAUGUGGGAGAAGCUAUAACUAUGAUGAGACACAAAUUAGAGGGCAAAGUUCCUCUAAUAGGUUUUACUGGUGCUCCUUGGACUCUUAUGGGCUAUAUGAUCGAAGGUGGUGGCAGUAAAACCAUGUCCAAAGCUAAAUUUUGGCUUUCAGAUUAUCCCGAAGAUGCUAAAAAACUUUUGGAUAUGCUUACUGUGUCGAUAGUAGACUAUUUGGAAAUGCAAGUUAAGGCCGGAGCCCAGUUAUUGCAAAUUUUUGAAUCUUCUGCCGAACAUUUGCCUAAAGAAGAUUUCCUGAAAUGGUGUGUACCUUAUAUCAAGGAAAUCAAUGAUAAAUUGAAACAACGUUUGACGGAACAAGGCAUACCUUUAGUGCCCAUGACAUUAUUCGCCAAGGGUGCGGGACAUUCCUUAGCCGAACAAGCCAAAUUGGGUUAUGAAGUUAUUGGUCUCGAUUGGACGGUUGAUCCUGAAGAGGCCCGUAAACUAGUGGGACCUAAUAUUACCCUACAGGGUAAUUUAGAUCCUCAGGAUAUGUAUAAGACAACCGAAGAAAUACGUGAACUAACUACGACAAUGGUGCGUAAAUUUGGUAAAACUCGUUAUAUAGCCAAUUUGGGUCAUGGUAUAACGCCUCAAACACCUAUUGUUAGUAUGGAGACAUUAGUAGAUGCUGUCCACAAAGCCUUAUAGAUUAAGUUGCAUUUCUUUUUUUUUUUUAAUAAUAAACUUUAUAUGGUAAUGGUUUGUUAA